AUGAAGCUCUGUAUCGUUGCUGUUCUCGUUGUUCUUCUCUCUGUCUCGGCUUUUGCCGCCAAACCAAUUUCACUCGGUUCACUUUGUUUGAAUCCCGUCAAUUGUUUUGUCAAUCCAUGUCAAUUCUCCCAAUGCUCUGCACAUCCUGACGCUGUCUGCACUGCUAACUACUGUGGUGGUUGUAACGCUGUCUGGUCUGUUCGUGGUCGACGUGUUGAUUGCACAGAAGUUGACGCAGUCGAAGCAGUCGAAGCAAGAAAAUGUGUCAUGGUUAACUGUUUUAUGGACCCAUGUGGUUUGGCUAAAUGCCCAAAUCAUCCAGAAGCAACAUGCCGUGCUGAUUAUUGCGGUGGAUGUAAUGCACGAUUUUACAACGCUGCUGGACGACGUGUUCUAUGCAAUUAA